CCGCAAUCAACCACCUUCAACACCUACACUCUCACUCAUCACCUUUUUCCCAACACCAUCCUCGAACCGCCACCAUGUCUGAGCGAAAGGUCCUCACAAAGUACUACCCCCCGGACUUCGAUCCGAGCGCGAUCACCCGGGUUCCGAAACACCUGCGCAAGACAGGGCCGAAGGUGAUCACCGUGCGCCUGAUGGCUCCUUUCUCGAUGAAAUGCGAGAAGUGCGGCGAAUUCAUCUACAAAGGCCGCAAAUUCAACGCGCGGAAGGAAACCACAUCCGAAAAAUACUUCUCGAUCCCGAUCUACCGGUUCUACAUCCGGUGCACGCGGUGCAGCGGGGAGAUCACGUUCGUGACGGACCCGAAGAACAUGGACUACCGGGCGGAGCGCGGGGCGAAGCGGAACUUCGAGCCGUGGCGGGACGCGUCGCAGCUGCCGAACCACGACGAGACGGAGCAGGAGACGCUGGACCGGCUGGAGCGCGAGGAGGGCGAGGAGGCCGAGCAGGAGGAGCGCGACAAGAUGGCCGAGCUGGAGGAAAAGAUGCUGGACUCGAAGCGCGAGAUGGCCAUCGCGGACGCGCUGGAUGAGAUCCGUACCCGGAAUGCGCGGAUGGAGCGCACGGAGGCGCUGGGCGAGGAGGGCGCCGUCUCGGCGUUGGAGCGCGUGCGCGAGGAGAGGGAUGAGGAGGCUGUGCGCGCGGAGCGCGAGAUCGAGGAGGCUGCCCGGCGCGCGUUUAUGACGGAGUCCGGGGAGAGGGUCAAGCGGUUGGUGGAGGUGGAGGAGCCUGCGGCGAGCGGGAGCGGCAGCAGCAGCAGCAGCAGUAACGGCAACGGCGGCGGCGGCAGUAGCUUCCCUGGUGGCGAGCAGUCUGGCGGGCCUGCGCCGCCGCCUUCCUUUGCGCGCGUCAAGAAGGCUAAGAAGCCCCUGGCCAAUAGCUUGGGAAUCAAGAAGAAGGCCAAGCCGUCGUUGGUCUAGUUCCUUUCCAUCUUGUUCAUCUCUAUCUCAUUCACAAGGCGUUCGGUUGCAUGGCUAAGCAUGGGAGGUUUUUACUACUACGAACUCACGAUUACUUGCACAUAGGUCUUUUCAAGGCUCUUAAUCCUGCUAUUCCACCUUACUCCUAUCUCGUGCACGCAC